GUCGUGAUGGUUUAAGAGUGUCGCAUCAUCCACCUAAUCCGUCUUCUUCGCUCUCAGAUCGCUGCCAACCCCCGGGCGCAUGCGGCGCUUUGAUAUAGCAUGAGGGUGCCGCGUACGACGACGGCUACUUCAACAUGCAUCUGGUGAAGCCGCUGUGGCUCACCCACGGUGGAGAACUACGCGACCACGAAGUGUACAGCUGCCACGUAUCUCCCGAUGGCACGCGACUCGUCACCGCAGCAGGAGAUGCACACGUACGCAUAUGGUCGACAGACGCUAUUCUCAAUUCGCACGAUCCGAAAUACACGAAACCAAAGCAGCUCGCUGCAAUAAGCACUCAUUCGGGCACAAUACACACUGUUCGCUUCUCCGGAAACAACAAGUACCUCGCCUCCGGCGCCGACGACAAGAUUGUCUGCAUCUACGUGCUGGAUCCUAAUCCUCCUGCCCAUGCGCAUACUUUCGGCUCAAACGAACCUCCGCCCGUAGAAAAUUGGCGUGUGUUCCGCCGUCUCAUCGGUCACGAUAAUGACGUUCAAGACCUUGGUUGGUCUGCCGACUCUUCCAUCCUCGUUACCGUCGGCCUCGACUCCAAGGUCGUCAUCUGGUCGGGCCACUCAUUCGAGAAGCUCAAAACUCUCUCACAGCAUCAAUCCCACGUUAAAGGCAUCACCUUUGACCCAGCCAACAAAUAUUUCGCCACCGCUUCCGACGAUCGCACUAUAAAGAUUUUCCGGUUCACGUCCCCACCCCCGAAUGCGACCCAACACGAUCAGGUGAACAACUUUGUGCUGGAGACGACAGUGUCGGCGCCGUUUGCGAAUUCUCCACUCACGACGUAUUUUCGGCGCUGCUCGUGGAGUCCCGACGGGAAUCACAUUGCAGCAGCGAAUGCGGUCAAUGGUCGAGUCAGUUCCGUAGCAAUCAUUGCGCGCGGCAAUUGGGACAGCGAUAUCAAUCUCAUAGGACACGAGGGCCCCGUCGAAGUAUGCGCAUUCUCGCCUAGACUGUUCUAUAGGGAGCCAAUUACUGCGGGCCAUCAUGAUGGGCAGGGUCACUCACUGCUGCCGUCGGUGACGGUUAUUGCGUGCGCAGGGCAGGACAAGACGCUGAGUGUGUGGAACACAUCAUACGCAAGGCCGUUUGUAAUCACACAAGAACUGUCCACGAAGCCCAUUUCAGAUCUUGCGUGGCAUCCGGACGGGGAGACGCUAUUUCUCUGUAGUCUGGAUGGCCGCAUCAUGGCCGUUAAAUUCGAGACUGGAGAACUGGGUUAUCCGGCUCCGUUGUCGGAAAAUGACAAGAGCUUGAAUAGAUACGGAGCGGGACGGAAGGCUGGUGUCGUAGAAGGUAUCGAUGCUCUGCUCUUAGAGGAGAAAAGUAAAGAAGGGGAGCAGAAAGCAGUACAGGGCCGAAUGGGCGAAUUAAUGGGCGAUGGGGCAUUGGAGCCUACCUCUGCAACUCCCGCAGUCAAUGGAAACUCCGAAGCAGCGAAGACAAACGGCGUAUCAACAGCAGCUUCGACGAACACAAAUGGAGCAAACGCGCAGACUAAUGGCCAAGCUACUUCGCAAAACACGCCGCAACAACCACCGCAGGAGACCAAAAUCACGCAACUCAAGCAGAGAGUUGAGAUUGUAAAUGGCAAAAAAAGACUAAAGCCUAUACUGAUCUCUUCGGCAGGCGGAGAGUCGUCUCUGCCCCAAACACAACUCAUGGCUGGAAGCGCAGCACGUGGAAGUGCGCCUUCAGAUGCCCCCCAAACGAUCUUAGAUCUGUCGAAACCGUACGACGGUUUACCAGAGGGUGGUCUGAAAGCUCUCCUCAUAGGCAACAAACGCAAAUAUGCAGAGAUUGAGGGAGAGGACGACAAAAGGACAGAGAAGCGUCUCCAGGCCAUCGCACAGACUGGAGCGACGCCUAUUGUUCUAAACGGAACGGAUGGACUUAUACCACCCCAUCUAGGCCAGAAGCCUGAGGGGGGUGUUCCAGAAGCACUGAGGCCCGCAAUUGUGAACCAAGCAUUGACUGUGAGUCAGGUAAGGCUUGCUGUACCAGUCCUGCGGAGUGUCAUUGUACGUUCUCUUGGAACGCCGGUAGAGAAGCAGGAUGGGAAAGAAGAGAAAGUAGACGAUGCGCUCAUGCUUGAGGCGCGGAAUGCGUCUGGCCCAUCGAGGACCGGCCGACCUCAAGACCGAGACCCUACGAGAAUAAACUGUACUCGACGUGGGCAAUCGCUCUGGCAGGAUUACAUCCCUAAGCCCGUCUUGCUCCUAACCGGGAAUUCGAAUUUUUGGGCUGCAGCGUGCGAGGAAGGCAGUCUGUACGUAUGGACGCCAGCAGGGAGGAGAUUACUCAACGCGCUGGUUGUGGAAGCUCAACCCGUCAUCAUAGACUGCCGUGGUUGGUGGUUGAUGUGUAUAACGGCGGUGGGCACAUGUCACAUAUGGAACAUCCAGACACUUUCCUCGCCACACCCUCCCGUCUCACUCGCAACGGUGUUAGACGUUGCCGCGUACGCGCAAGGACCGCACGUGACAGGCGCUCCCGGAAUUGUCUUCGCUCGACUCAACUCCCAAGGUAGGAUUGUGAUCGCGAUGAGCAACGGCGAUGGCUACACGUACUCUCCCAACAUGUAUGUGUGGCAACGGCUGAGUGAGGCGUGGUGGGCCGUCGGCAGUCAGUACUGGAACACAGCCGACACCAGCGUGACGAAUUUGCAGGGCCAACAAUCCAAGGGCCAGGACAAACCAUUCGGCGACGACACAGUCAAUCCAGAGAACCUGUCUGCUGGCAUCAUACCACUCCUCGAGCGAAACACAACAACACAUGUUCUUCUCCGUGGCAGAGCAUACUAUCUUCAGCGUCUUAUCAAAGCUCUGCUGGCCGCGGAAGGCUUUGAGGGCUUCGAGGCGAAUGUCUCGCUUGGCCAUUUGGAGAACCGCCUUGCGGCUGCGAUGGCGCUCGGUGCUCGAGAUGAGUUCAGGAUCUAUCUACUCAUGUACGCGAAGCGACUGGGCGCGGAAGGCUUGAAGAACAAGGCGCAGGAGCUGCUGAGGAUGCUGCUGGGGGAUGUCUUUGGUGGCGAAAGCGGAGGGAAAAAGAUUGAUCCCGAAGCAGACGAAGAGGUGCCGAGAGGGUGGUAUACGAAAGAGGAGGAGCUGGUUGGGUGGAAGAGGAAAGAUCUGGUCAAGGAGGUUGUGCUGGUUCUUGGCAAAAAUCGCGACCUCCACCGCCUGACGGUGCCCUACGCGCGACUCUUGGGGGUUAUUACGGAGUUGGGCGCGGACGUGACGGCAACGAGCGAUGCUAUGGACAUGUAAGACUUACUAUUCAAGGAAAACUAUAGGCCCUGGCGUUUUUGUUUUUUCGAUAGCCUUCCAGCUGUACGGGGCGCGACGGGACGGCUUUUAUUUUGAAGGCUAUUUGGACUUGCGCAUAUACAUCCCCCCCUUAAGCAUCGUACCGAAAUGGUAUCAAGCAGUCAAGUCUUUGCCACGAGGCAGGAGAGCAUCUUCUGGGUCCUUUUUAAUUGCACAUAGUCCUUGUCGAAUUCCAAAGAGAGCUCGUCCCUCC